AAAGCUCUUAAACGUCUUAUCGUUCUUCUGUUUUGACCCAAUCAUACCUCUUGAUUUUUGUAAGCCCAGUCUAUUUUCUAGUCUUCCAAACACGGCGACGACGUUUUAUUUGGGAAGAAAUGCCCAUCUAGAAAUGAUUAACGAUCAACAAAACUAUGGACAUUCCUGUUGCCUCAGUUCCUAUCACAUUACUGGUUAUGUACUAACAAGUUUUUCAGUGAUGCACAAAAGAGAACUUGGUAUGAACCAAUUGAAACAAAUCCAUGCCUACACCCUAAGAAAUGGCAUUGACCAUAACAGGUUCCUCAUAAUUGAGCUCCUUCGAAUCCCAAACAUCCCUUACGCGCACAACUUGUUCAAUCAAAUUUCAAACCCAAAUGUCUUUCUUUACAACAAGCUCAUUCAAGCCUACUCUUCUCAGAACCAACCUCACCAAUGUCUUUCCCUCUACACCCAAAUGUGCAGCAAAAAAUGCUCCCCGAAUCAGCACUCUUACACCUUCCUCUUCACCGUUUGUGCUUCACUAAACUCCCUUCCUCAUGCCCAAAUCCUCCAUUCCCAUUUUCUUAAAUCCGGAUUUCAAAGCGAUGUUUUCACCUUGACUGCUUUGGUUGGUAUGUAUGCGAACCUACGCUGUAUAGAAUUAGCACGCAAGAUGUUUGAUGAAAUGCUAGUUAGAGAAGUACCCACUUGGAAUUCAAUAAUUGCGGGCUAUGCAAAAUGUGGUGAUAUGGAGGGAGCAUUAGAAUUAUUUAGGUUAAUGCCAACUAGGAAUGUGGUUUCAUGGACAGCAAUUAUAUCCGGUUUUGCCCAAAAUGGGCAGUAUGCUAAGGCCUUAUCGAUGUUUUUGAAAAUGGAGGCUGAGAAAGAUAUUAGGCCUAAUGAAGUUACCAUAGCUAGUGUAAUACCAGCUUGCGCAAACCUUGGUGCAUUAGAGAUUGGAGAGAGGAUUGAAAAAUAUGCAAGAGAGAAUGGUUUUUUCAAGAAUAUAUACGUCAGCAAUGCUGUAUUGGAAAUGUAUGCUAGGUGUGGAAAAAUUGAUGUGGCAAAGAAGUUGUUCAAUGAGAUUGGUAAGAGGAGAAAUUUGUGCUCUUGGAAUUCUAUGAUCAUGGGUUUGGCUGUCCAUGGAAAAUGUAAUGACGCUCUUGAGCUCUAUGAGCAAAUGCUGCAGAGGGAAGGACCUGCACCUGAUGAUGUUACAUUUGUCGGACUUUUCUUAGCAUGCACUCAUGGAGGCAUGGUAAGAAAAGGAAGAGAACUUUUUGGAUCAAUGGAGAAAAGGUUUAAUAUUACUCCCAAACUGGAACACUAUGGAUGCAUGGUUGAUCUCCUGGGUCGUGCAGGCCAAUUACAAGAAGCUUAUGAUCUUAUACAAACUAUGCCUAUGAAACCAGAUUCUGCGAUAUGGGGUGCUCUUUUAGGAGCUUGCAGUUUUCAUGUUAAUGUUGAGUUGGGUGAAAUAGCGGCUGAGUCUCUCUUUAAGCUAGAUCCCUGGAAUCCAGGGAACUUUGUUAUUCUUUCCAAUAUAUAUGCAUCAGCAGGACGGUGGGAUGGGGUUGCAAGGUUAAGGAAGGUAAUGAAACGUUGUCAGAUUACAAAGGGAGCGGGAUAUAGUCUCAUUGAAGAGGGAGGUGAUAUUCAUAAAUUCAUUGUAGAGGAUAAAACGCAUCCUAAAUGUGAUGAGAUAUAUGCCCUACUGAAUGAAGUUUCAGCAAAAAUGAAACUACCAAGAUAUGUAACUUACUUUAAAACUGAACUUGAAGAGCUAUACCCGCUGGAGUAGAAAUCCCCUUUGUAUUAUGACGCCUUGGAAGUUUUAACCCUAUAUUUUUUUAUGACUUUUUGAUUUUACACUCUUUAUUAAAGGGGGUUCGUGUAUCCAUGAGGGUGUAAUGAAUACUCCUAUAUUUUUCAAGCCUUGGUUAAAUCUGACUCUAA